AUGAGUCUGACGUCUUUAAGGUGUCAACGUCUGAAACGGAGUUGCAGCGGACAAGCACCUGGAGCUCACCGACGCAAAAUACCCAAGUCAUCUAACAUUCCACACCUUGAGGAGAGAUGCAACGGUGUAAGCACCUUUCUUGCAGCUUCUGAACUUGUUACAGCUGGAUUGAACUCUCUUCUUGCUUCCGACCCACCUGAUUUUGCACCUUCAGGAUGGAUCGAUUUAUUCGUCAAGAGCGACAGCGAAGCAGAUAUGAUGCUGCAAACUUUUCGCAGAGAAAUGCAACCGCUCUUGCCAUUUGUGGUCACUCUACCAAGUAUGACAUUUAUUGAGCUAAGGCAGGAGAAGCCUCUCCUUGUGCUUGCCAUCAUGAUGGUCAGCUGCCGACAUGAUCAGAUACGACAAACAGCAAUUGCAAAGAAACUGAGAGAACUGAUCAGCCACAAAAUGCUGAUCCAGGGCGAACGAAAUCUCGAUAUCCUCCAGUGUCUCCUCGUCUAUUUGAGUUGGUAUCAACUGCAUGUCCACCUCGGCUCGCAGGUGGGCAAUCUCCUCCAUCUCAUCAUGGCGAUGGCGACGGACCUUUGCCUCAACAGAGGAGUCGUCCCACCGGUCCCUGCCGCUCUAGCUAUGCGCAACCCAAAAAUUGCGGUUCCAGGCUUGUCCGCCACAAGAUCACUCGAAGAACGCAGAACGUUUCUUGGCUGUUUUUUCGUUACUUCCAUAGCCUCAAUGUGUGUCCGAGACAUCUACCCAAUACGACACUCGAAAUACGUGGAUGAAUGUUGUCAAGCCAUAUCUGCAGCUGCGGAGUACCCAACAGAUACCUAUGUCGUUCACUUGACCCGUCUCCACGGCAUGGCUGAUAGGAUCUCCCGCUCAUUGACUCAAGAUGUAUGGCAUGAGACACCUGCUUCCGGCUCCGCUCCGCUGGGUGCGUGCGUCAAAUCAUUGGAGUCGGAGCUACUGCAGAUGAGAAGCUCAUUGCUAGAAGGGGGGCGCCAGAACGCUGUUCUGCUCCUUCAUUACUACGCUAUCGAAAUCUUCUUAUAUCAGACGGCGCUGAACGACGACAUUGAACCCGCGCUAUAUGGGAUGUACCCUUUUUCCCGUCUCCAUAUACUUUACGCCUGCUUGAACUCCACGAAGCUCUGCUUUGAGACAGCCUACACCCUUCCACCUUCGCAAUGGUUCGACCUCCCCUGGAGCGUAUGGUCUCUACUAGGUCAUGCCAUUGUUGUCCUGUCGAGGCUAUCACUCCUGAGGGCAGAAGGAUGGGAUCAGGAACACGUUCGAAGGACAAUCAACUUCUCCGGGACCAUGGAUACAUUGGCGCGGCAACUGGACAUCGCAAAAGUAUUAGCUGAAAGCCAGUCAUUUCAGAUUGGACACAACCAACUGCCGCGAGUGGUACCACAGCUGUUCUUGACCUUCUCGGCCAAACUGAGGCGCGUAAAGGCCGCUCAUGAAGCCAAGUACAUGGCCCAAGCAAUGAGUUCUCACGCAAUGCCGGAUCUCCCUCCUACGGACGCUCUGGUUAUACCGACAGACGACGACUUUGCCAUGCCCUCUACAACAUUCUUCUGCGAUUUUCUCGAUGAGAGUUUCUGGCAGCAAUUUACUUAA